UGGACUUACAAACAUAUGCAAAUGCUUUUGUGGGGAAUUUCAUUCAAACUAAAUCAAUGCAGAUUCUAUCAAAAAUAUCACGAGCUGCGCGCACGCAUAAAAGCCAAUUCAUGUCCCAUACUGCCGGCCACACAACUCAAUAGUAACAACAGUAGUAACAGUAAUAGCCGCAAUAACAAUAGCAACAGUAGCAAUAGCAAUAGCAAUAACAACAUCAACAAUAAUAGCAAUAACAGUAACAAUAUAAAUAACAGUAAAAGUAACAACACCAACAUUAUCAAUAAUCCCACAAGCGCAUUAGGCAACGUUUACACGCCCAUUCCAAAUUAUUCGGUACAAAGAUCGGCUUCACUCAAAGAUCAUAGAAAUUACAGAAGCAACUCGACAAAUACAUCGACCACAUCAAUAACGGCGGCAUACACCACCAGCACGCCAUCAACAGCUGAUUCGACUGCGUCUAUAACGACAAGCACCACCACCACCACCACUCCAUCGACAGCUGCAACUACGACACCGAUUCGCAGCACACCUACUAGUUCGGCAAAUGCUGACAAAGGUGCCACAAGUGCUGCCAGCACCAGCACUACCAGCAAUAAUAAAAACAAUCAAAACAAUAAUAAUAAUAAAAUCAGCAAUACGAUCACAAAUUCAAACACUGCCAAUAAUAACAAUGAUAACGGUAAUAAUAAGAUUGAUAAUGACCCUAAACAGUCAUCGUCAUCGUCAUCAUCAACUUUGUCCGGUCCGUCUACUUCCCCCGAUGCAGCUGCGCCAACCACUACUACAAAGCAGAAAAUGUCGGCAGGCACAAUUUUCAAAAAUUUCUUCAAAUCCUUUGUGCCACCCGUGCGUGACGAGGAGAGCGAAACACAACGUAAGGCACACGCUAAGCGCGUACGUGAGACGCGUCGCUCUACACAAGGUGUAACGUUGGACGAAAUUAAGAGUGCCGAAGAGUUGGUUAAGAAGAAAAAUUCAACCAUGAAUAACAACAAUAACAGCAGCAGCAACGAAACGCAAGUAGCUACAGCAACAGCAGAAAAUCCAUCAACAUCAAAGCAGCAAGAAGUGGAGCCGCUGGCGCAACCGCCAAUAAUAGCGACAGAAACAGAGGCUAGUCCACAAUCGCCGCCUCGAACAGACGAAAAUGAAGCACCAAUCGUCCUCAGCCCCACCACCAACGCCGCAAAAUGCGCACGAGACAAGGAGGAUGAUGAUAAGGUGGCACAAGAGGAUGCCGAAAAGGGUGAAUGCGCUGUGGACAAUGAUGGCGAAGAUGUUUCUGCCUCAUUCACAAUCGUAACAACAACCCGAAAGAUCGUCACACCAACAGAAGAUGCAACGACUGAUGAAAACACCGACGAUAAUGACGAAGAAGUUAGCGCCUCAUACACACUGACACCGCGACAUUCGUUUAUCGGCAGCGCAGUGCCCAAUGAAGCGGUGGAAACGACGAUAGUGGUCACUCCACCGGAGAUGACUAUCAAUGAAAGCGCGGUCGCUGAGGAGGUAACGGUCAGGAAAAAACAAGUUGCGAAAGAAACCGAAAACGAUGACGAGAAUGCGGAAGAGGACGAGGACGACGAUGAAGAUGAGAGCAGGGAUGACGACGACGAAGCGAACGAGAAUGAAGCCGAGGAUGCAAGCAAACGUGAAUCGUUAAAACAGAGCGCUGCAGAAACGUUUCAAGUUGCAGCUGCCGAUGUGGAGGCGGAAGAUGCCGACGAAGAGCAGAACGAAAACGCAGCUGAAGAGGUGCAAGAUGACACGGAGGAUGACUCAGAUGAAAGUGAAACUAUUGAAGUUCACAAUUUACAAAAUGCAAAUGAAAAGACUGAACGCCCUGUGCCGAAACAGAUUGAGCCCAGUGAGAAUUCCAAUACCAAACCCCCCGUCUUAACCACCAGCACAACUUCCAACGAACGUUCCCGCUUAAGCACACUAACACCAUUGCCACUAGCAGUGACUACUGUGGGCGCUUCCGCAAGCAAAUCCUCAGUGCAUCCGACUAGUGCAGUUACUACACCGAUUACGCCAACGUCGUCGUCGUCGUCGCCACCGCCACCUACACUCGAAAGCCCUGUGCGCUUGCGUGAAAAACGAAUACCCCCCUAUGAAACUGACAGCAACAAUGCCUUAACGCUUGUCGAGCGGCUGCGUUACGAAGCGAGUAAAUAUAGUGGGGCUGGUGGUGAUGAACUAGUGGCUGUAAGCAAAACACGCUCGCUACCACCAGCGUUACAAGGCGGUGGCGGCGGCGGCGGCGGCGGUGGGACUGAAGAUGGCGCUGGCGGUGGCAUAACCGCUUGCAUUGACAAUAAUGAGCCAGCGCUGGCGUCAACAGCAACUUACAGCAAAAUAUUUGGUGGCAGUCGGCGCAGCUUGGAUUCGACUUCACUGCCACUACAAUGCCAUGGCAGCCUGGCAACGGAACAAGCGAAUAUCAGUGCUUUUGGUAGUAUUAGUAGUUGUAGUAGUAUUAGCGGUACGGCGACAGCAACGUCGGCGGCGUCGGGCAGCCAUGAUAGUAGUACGACGGCAGCGGCGUCAUCGUUGUCCUCCUCCUCCUCGAAUACGAUGGCUGAGCGGCGUCCAUCUUGGCGUUUGAAAUUCGAUGCUGGCUGUAAGGUAAUACUUCGUACGCGCAUGCGUACAACACUUUAGUACAAAAACAAAAAAAAAAA